CUAAACUGGUUCUAAAUGUAGGAGAAGUCACUCUUGGGAAAGAAAGUAGGAAGAAAAUGGAGAAUAGGCAUAGGAUGCAACAGAAUACAAACAUUUUAAGGGCUGUGUGUGCUCUGCUGAAUUCUAGAGGGGGCAAGGUCAAGGCUCAUAUUGAAAAUGAAGUCUAUGACAUCACCCAACAUGGAAUAGGAAAAGAUUUGGAUACUUCUUUUAUGACUAUUCUGCCACUUGUUCAGAAUUGCCUAGAAUUCAAGUAGGAAGGAUGCUCUCUUAUCAUCCAUGUGGAAUCAAGGAUUCUGGUUAUCUUUGAUUUAUACCCUAUCACCAUUGCCACCAAUUUGUACUGAGAAAUGGGGCCUCCUGUGUUAAAAUGGACUUGCGUACUGCUCUGCAAUUCUUCAAAGACAUAGACAACCCUAGAGUAAGAUCUCCAAUAAACCCAAGGUUGCUGGAUGAAAGGCCUGGUGAGAACAUGCAAGAAGAACUCCAUGUGCAAGAGCAGACUGCUGCUCUUUUUGACCAGACAGAACGCACAACAAUGACAGAAUUUUCCUUUAGUGAAUCCAAAAACGUUGAAUAUAAAUCAUUUGAAACAAAUAAGUUGGUACAACGAGUUAAAGAGGUUCUCCCUCUAACUGUUUCUGCAUUUGCCAACACUGAUGGAGGAUAUUUGUUCAUUGGUUUGGAUGAAAAAACAAAGCAAAUUACUGGUUUUAAAGCAGAUGAGAGCCAACUUAGGGAGCUAAAGUGUGAAAUAGAAAGGUGCAUCCAACAGCUUCCUGUCACUCACUUCUGUGAGGAGCAGGAGAAGAUAAAGUGCACAUGCAAAUUCAUCCCAGUCCACAGACCUGGAGCUGUGUGUUCCUAUGUCUGUGCACUCAGAGUGGAGAGAUUCUGCUGUCCUGAAUCCUGGCACGUGGAAGACAACUGUGUGAAGAGGUUUACCACAGAGGAAUGGGUCAAGAGCAUGAUGGAAAGCAUGCCAGGGUCCGGAAGGGAAAUUAGCAAUUAGAAUACAUUUAGAUAGGGGAGUUGGGAGAGUUUCUCUUUGGGAUUUGGGGCAAGUUCCUCAGUCCUGACUUUACUCAGUGAUCCACAAUGGAGCCCUGGAGUCUCAACUGCUUCUGCCACACACCUGGGGCAGAGAUUCCUUUCAACUGGUGAUUCCCUGAACUGCCUCUACUUGUGUAAAGACAACUUCAACAUCUCCCCACUUGAGCUUCUCUUCAGGCUGUAGGCAUUUCUUUCAGCAACCCUUCCCUCAGUUGUUCGCUGUUUCACUCUCCACCCCUUUCCACUGACUUCUCUCCCUAAACCUUCUUCCCUUUUAGUUACAUUAUUAGACUUUAUACAGCCCAAGAGUUUAUGAUGAGUAAAGUACCUUGCUGUGUGUAGAAUAUAUUUUUAAGAUGUGUUACAUUUGU